AUGCAUCGACUGCUACUGGAGUCCCACGCCGGAGGGAACGAGACAAGCGGCGGCGGCGGAGCUGGUUACCUGAGAGAAAUGAACUUGGACGCAAACAUGGUGAUCAUACUGGCGGCUCUCCUCUGCGCUUUGGUACUCGCGCUUGGGCUGAACUCGAUCCUCCGGUGCGCGAUCCGGUGCGGGUGCGGCGUGGCGACGCCGGCGGAGGGGGAGAGGAGCGGGUUGAAGAAGCGGGAGCUGAAGAGGUUUCCGGUGGCGGAGUACGGGAGGAGCGGGGUAGAGAUAGCGGCGACGGAGUGCGCGAUAUGCCUGGGAGAGUUCGCGGAGGGGGAGAGAGUCCGAGUGCUUCCGGCGUGUAAUCACAGCUUCCACAUGUCCUGCAUCGACACGUGGCUUGUCUCUCACUCUUCAUGUCCCAAUUGUCGGCAUUCGCUCAUCGACAUCCACGUGGCAGCAAUCGAUCGACAUUGA